GUUGAAAUCAUAAAAUCAUGUAUUCAUUGUUUAUGUCUCUGUGACUGAAGUCUCAACAAUGGCUGGAACAUUUGACAGAAUAAUGGAAAUCCUACAGUGUUAAAUACCUGUAGCUGUUUACUUCUAAACGUAAAGUGAUAUGUAAAUAUUUGUGUAAUGAAGAAUAGUUGUAAAUAUUAGUCCACAAUCAAAGCUGUGAUAUUAACUGGUAAUGGCCGAUGAAGCAAAUGAUCAGGAAUUAAGGAAAAACCUUCAAAUAAUCCAAUCAAUGAUAGACGUAUCUGCUGAAAGAUUAGAAGGUUUACGUACACAAUGUGCAACCAGUGUAGAAUUAACUCAACAAGAAAUAAGAACACUCGAGGGAAAGCUGAUCAAAAUGUUUUCCGAGCAACUGGUAACAAAGUUAAAGUUAAGAAACGGAUGCAGUGAACAUAUACCUUCUUUAACACAAUGGUUGCAAGUAGUUGGUUUAGGCAGUAGCUCAAUUCAAGGUUUGUGUCAGAAAAUAUCGUCUGUGGAAGAACUACAAGAAAAAUCAGAACAUGAACUUAAAACUAUUCUAAAUGACAAAGGUGCUAAGCCUGACGAGCUCAGCAAACUUUUUCGGGCCCUCCAUAACUUGAAAAGAUAUGUUGACCUUCUAAAGAAAGGGGGCAAUGACUCAUCAGACAUGCAUCUAUAUUGGGAUUCAUGGGACCAUAAUCACCCCCUGAAAGUUGUGGGUCUCUCUCCUCGUACAGGUCGUUCUAGAGCCGCCAGAGCUAGUGUACCAUCAGAGGAGAGUCUCACAACUGGUUUAAACAACAAUCAUCGUAUUGGAGGAACGGGUGCGAUGAUUCUUAUACCUCCUUCACCUUCUGUGUCUAGCAUCUGUGACUCUUUGAAUGCAAGUCCUAGAUGUGGAGGGGCCCCUUUGGGUUCGCCCCCUGUGGCCCCUGAUACGUGGGGUAAGGGGGCGAAAAGUGUGCAUGGCUCCAAAUUCCCCACCACCCCGCCGCCGAGGAGGAAGCACCUCACCGGGCUGCAGAACACGCCCCUGUUGCCCGACUCGUUUCCCCUGACCAAGAGCAAAUCGCACGAAUCGCAGCUGGCCGCGUCUAAGGGCGAAGGGAACGACGCCAGUCAGGCAGGGGAAUCGCCGGCGGCAGCCACUAGGAGGGCCAGGUUGCCCACCGAGCCCGGCCCCGACACGAUGGCCGGUUACAACAGCCCGCUGUUGACGAGCCCCAUCAAGUCGCCACCGUCCAACAACACAGGGACGGAUUCGGACGAUAACAGUUACAAAUCCACCAGCCUUCAGGUCCCGAAGUCGCCCCGCACCCCUCCCACGGGCCUGCGGAACAUGACCCAUCAGAUCAACCACCGGUUCGCCAAGACGUUCAAGAUGAUGUCCACCUGCAUGUACUGCCUGAAGCCCAUCUACUUCGGGACGGGUCUGAAAUGCAAGGAGUGCAAGUUCACCUGUCAUCGAGAGUGCGAGGACAAAGUGACGCCAUCCUGCGGCCUACCACCGGAACUGUUGGACGAGUUCAAGAAGAAGAUAUCGAUACAGGGUCAUCAGUUAGCGUCUUCUCCCGGUGCAGUCAGAGAAGCUAGUAGAGUAGCCAAAAAUCUUAAAUCGACCCUGUCUCGGAGUCGAAAGAGGUCUCAUCCCCAACCCUCCAUUAACAUAGCGCCAUAUCCUCCUCCCGAUUCUAGCUCUAACACUUCCAGCUGUAACAGCUCCACUCCCUCCAGUCCUGCUGUACAGGCCAUACAUACACCCCACACGAUCUCUAAACAACAGUUCCAUUUCCCGGAUAUCGUGCACAAUCAAGUCAAUGACGUUAUCCUGGAUGCGUACCCGUUGACUGCUUCCUCGCUGCAGAACGAGCUCACGUGUUCGCAGCAAUCCAGGGAUAGUGUAAGAACGGUUUCUGUAUCGGGCAGUACGAGCACGGAUUCAGACAGGACUCCUGUGAGGGUGGAUUCUCAAGACAGUCAAGUGUCGGACACGGAGACCAUCACAGACGGUCAUAGAUGGCCGCGACAGAAUAGCCUAUCGAUGAGAGAAUGGGACAUCCCCCACGACGAACUGACCUUCGACAAGCUCAUCGGUAUCGGCAGAUUCGGCAAGGUAUACAGGGGUUACUGGCACGGCGACGUGGCCAUCAAGGUCUUGAAAUAUCUGAAGGACGAGAAGACUUUAGAACAUUUCAAAAUGGAAGUGGCCACGUUCAGGAAGACGCGACACGAGAAUCUGAUACUUUUCAUGGGCGCCUGUAUGAAUCCGGACCAUCUGGCCAUAGUGACGAGUUUGAGUAAAGGGGACACCCUGUAUACACACAUCCAUCUGCGAAAGGACAAGUUCAACAUGAACAGGACUACCAUAAUCGCUCAGCAGAUAUCACAGGGUAUGGGGUAUUUACAUGCCAAAGGUAUAGUCCACAAGGAUCUGAAGAGCAAGAAUAUAUUCUUGGAGAAUGGGAAGGUUGUCAUCACCGAUUUCGGCUUGUUUAGCGUGACGAAAUUGUGUCAUGAGAACCGAAAGCCCGACAGUCUUGGUAUACCUCCAGGUUGGUUAUGUUACUUGGCCCCCGAAAUAGUCAGGAGCUUGCAUGCCCAUCAGUCCCACGAUGAAGAGUUGCCCUUCAGCAAGGCGUCUGAUGUAUAUGCAUUCGGAACGGUUUGGUAUGAGCUGCUAUGCGGUGAGUGGCCUUUCAAAGGUCAACCGCCAGAGGCAAUAAUUUGGCAAGUGGGAAAAGGCAUGAAGCAGCCUUUAGCAAAUCUUCAAGCUUCGAGGGACGUCAAGGACAUCCUGAUGCUGUGCUGGUCGUUCAGGCCUGGCGACAGGCCCGACUUCAGCUGUAGACUCUUGAACAUCUUGGAAAAGUUGCCCAAGAAGAGGUUGGCCAGAAGUCCUUCGCAUCCCAUCCAUCUAUCAAGGUCAGCCGAAUCCGUAUUUUAAAACGUCUUCAGGGGUUCUCGGUGCAUCGUCGUUGAAAUUUUCACACCUGUAACUAUAGCAUCUAUCGCUUCUACAUAUCUUUGAAAAUUCGACGGGUGAAAUGUCAUUCUUCUGUCGGAAUUUCAUUUCGCCCAUCGAAGACUGGAGUUUUUGAAAUGUGCAUUUCAUCGUGAUGCACCGAAGAAUUUUUUGGGUAAGAUCAGGUAUGGUUGUAAAGAAAGUACCGGUGAAAUUGUACUGAAACUUAAUUUUGCUGCCUUCCAGUGAAUGUUACUAAAAGAUAAUUGUUCCUUCAUAAGGUUUUGUGAAUUUUUAUGUUAUCGAACAUAAGAAUCGACGCAUCACUUGACAUUCCAAAAAAAAAGAUUUUAGAGUGCAAUAUUAACUAAUUGAAUUCAUGCCUUACAAAUCGUUUUGUUUGUAGGAAGUAUAUAAUCCCUAUUCGGAAACUCUAUACUUUUAAAGCGCUGUGUAUAAAAAUUCAUGUGAUAUAAAUGUAAAAAUUUUUAUUCACCAUUUAUUCCCCAGUAUGUCGAACCUAACACAUCACAUUGAAAAGUUUGCGGAGGAUCGUCUUGCCCUACUUAAUUCACGAGGCAUCUGUAUUAUUCAUAUUUUUUAAAAUUUUAGUAAAGAAUAUCGUGACAGUAAAAAGUUUUUAUGGACAAUUGGUUGAUAAUCUAUCAAUUCCUCGUGAACUGGCAGGGUAAGACGGUGCUCUUGAUGAGGUAUAAAUUUUUCAACGUUUUUACGGUUUUAUUUUCUUGUGUUAUUAAUUUUAUUAUCCCUUCAAUCAGCAUUGAAACGAUUUUUAGAAUUGUUAAAAGUAUUAUUGAGGAGACAACAGUUAUGCAGUAGACGCUGAUGCCAAGUCAAUAGUUGUAUGGUAAUCGAAGAAAAUAUAUUUUUAUAUUGAAAAAUGAAUACCUCAUUUUCAUGUUUCUCUUUCAACCUGUUUGAAAUUCAGAUAUUGUUUUCUAUCGAUUGACAUCGACAUCGUUUUAUUCAUCUUGUGUAAUUAUUUAUCUCUUCUGUUAGGCUCCGAUCAUUUGAAAUGGUAAUUUCGAAAUGUAAAUAUUUUAAAAAUUGUACAUAGGAAACUUCUCUUGUGACUGAAGUUCAACUGAAAUUUCAGAUUAUGUAAGUAUGUUUGAAGAAAAGCAUUCCCAACACUUUUGUCGCUCUAGUCAAUUUGAAAAAGUUUGAAAUUCACACAUCCUUCGGUCUGUUGCGGGGAUGUCUGAGUUUUGGCCCGAUUUAUUCUGAUCUACAGUCAAUGUAUGUCAUAAGGACUAGGGUAAAUAAAAUAUUUAAUUCUGGAA